AUGAAAAUUUCAAAUAUCCUGCAUAUUAGAAUCUCAUUGGGAUGGAAUUUUUCAAAGGGCAAAAAGCUUGAAAAAAAAACAUACCAAUUCUACCGUACGGAAGCAUCACCCAUAGAGAGUCAAUUACAAACCAAUAAGAAGAUGGUACAAAUAAGCGAAGUUAAAGAUACCCAAGCAAGGGAAAGCAGAACGGCAGCACAUACUCACAUCAAAGGAUUGGGACUUAACGAACAUGGAAUUGCCAAAAAUAUCGAAGGUGGAUUUGUUGGUCAAACAGAUGCCAGAGAAGCAUGUGGGAUUAUCGUCGACUUGAUCAAAUCUAAGAAGAUGUCCGGGAAAGCUAUAUUAAUUGCCGGACCUCCAGCUACGGGGAAAACCGCUUUGGCAUUGGCAAUAUCUCAAGAAUUGGGUCCAAAAGUCCCAUUUUGUCCUAUUGUAGGAUCAGAGCUUUAUUCAGCAGAAGUAAAGAAAACUUCAGCAUUAAUGGAAAAUUUCAGAAGAGCAAUUGGGUUAAGAAUAAAGGAAAUUAAAGAAGUAUAUGAAGGUGAAGUGAUUGAUCUUACUCCAGAAGAAGCUGAAAAUCCUUUGGGUGGUUAUGGUAAAACAAUAAGUCAUGUUGUUGUGGGUUUAAAAACAGCAAAGGGUACUAAGAGUCUUAGAUUAGAUCCAAGUAUUUACGAAAGUAUUCAAAAAGAAAGAGUAACAGUUGGUGAUGUCAUUUAUAUUGAAGCAAAUACUGGUGCUGUUAAGAGAGUAGGAAGAUCUGAUGCUUAUGCCACUGAAUUCGAUCUUGAAGCAGAAGAAUAUGUUCCAUUACCAAAGGGAGAAGUUCAUAAGAAAAAAGAAAUAGUUCAAGAUGUCACUUUACAUGAUUUGGAUGUUGCCAAUGCAAGACCUCAAGGAGGACAAGAUGUUUUGUCUAUGAUGGGACAACUUUUGAAACCAAGAAAAACUGAAAUUACUGAUAAAUUACGAACUGAAGUGAAUAAGGUUGUAUCCAAAUAUAUUGAUCAAGGUGUCGCAGAAUUAAUCCCAGGUGUUUUAUUUAUUGACGAAGUCAAUAUGUUAGAUAUGGAAAUUUUCACCUAUUUGAAUAGAGCAUUAGAAAGCACCAUUGCCCCAAUUGUGGUAUUGGCAUCAAAUAGAGGUUUGACCACUGUUAAGGGAUCGGAUGAUGAUCGUAAAGCUCCACAUGGUUGUCCACCUGAUUUGAUUGAUAGGCUUUUGAUUGUGAGAACUUUACCAUAUAAUCAAGAAGAAAUUAAGAUCAUUAUAUCAAAACGUGCAGCAUUAGAAGGAUUAACAAUUACCCCUGAAGCAUUGGAAAAGGUAGCUGAACAUGGACUUCGUAUUUCUUUACGUUAUGCCUUGCAAUUAUUAACACCUGCAGGUGUUCUCAGUUCCACUGCUGGACGUUCUGAAAUAGAUGUUCAAGACAUCGAAGAAUGUGAAUUAUUAUUCUUAGAUUCUCGUCGUUCAAUUAGAGUUUUAGAAUCAAAUAAAAACUUCCUUUAA